UUCAAAUACUUGUUCUCCCCACUGUAAGUAAAUUCAUUAGGCCCUAAUCUAUGGAUUUCACAUGAAUGGGCAGGGGUGCAGCCAUGGGUGGGCUUAGGAGGGCAUAGGCCCACCCACUACCAGGCCCAGCCAAUCAGAAUGAGUUUCUAUCCACAAAAGUGCUUUAUUACAGACAUUGUGUUGUGUGACAAAACUGCACAUUUUGUUAUAUUACAGCCUUAUUCUAAAAUGGAUUCAAGAAUUUUUUCCCCUCAUCAAUCUACACACAAUACCUCAUAAUGACAAAGCAAAAACAGUUUUUUUUAGAGAUUUUUGCAUAUGUAUACCUUAUUUACAUAAGUAUUCAGCCCUUUUGCUAUGAGACUCGAAAUUGAGCUCAGGUGAAUCCUGUUUCCAUUGAUCAUCCUUGAGAUGUUUCUACAACUUGAUUGGAGUCCACCUGUGGUAAAUUCGAUUUAUUGGACAUGAUUUGGAAAGGCACACCUGUCUAUAUAAGGUCAAACAGUUGACAGUGCAUGUCAGAGCAAAAACCAAGCCAUGAGGUUGAAGGAAUUGUCCUAAGAGCUCCAAGACAGGAUUUUGCAGAGGCACAGAUCUUGGGAAGGAUACCAAAAAAUGUCUGCCUCAUUGAAGGUCCUCGUGAACACAGAGACCUCCAUCAUUCUUAAAUGGAAUAAGUUUGGAACCACCAAGACUCUUCUGGCACCCGGCCGAACUGAGCAAUCGGGGGAGAAGUGCCUUGGUCAGGGAGGUGACCAAGAACCCGAUGGUCACUCUGACAGAGCUCCAGAGUUCCUCUGUGGAGAUGGUUGUCCUUCUGGAAGUUUCUCCCAUCUCUGCAGCAUUCCACCAAUCAGGCCUUUAUGGUAGAGUGGCCAGACGGAAGCUACUCCUCAGUAAACGGCAAAUGACAGCCUGCUUGGAGUUUGCCAAACGGCCCCUAAAGGACUCUCAGACCAUGAGAAACAAGAUUAUCUGGUCUGAUGAAACCAAGAUUGAACUUUUUGGCCUGAACUUUUUCUACAAUUUUUCCCACAUGUUACGUUACAGCCUUAUUUUAAAAUAAAUGCCAUAAAAUAACAGUUUAUUUUUUUGGUGUGGAAUGAACAGCUGACCGAAGACAGAAUUAGGGAUUUUCUAAUUGAACUUCUCUGUGGCCGUGUAUGAAAAGUCUAUUUCUGGGCCAGGUGUCAGUUAAACUACAGUACCAAAGCAAUUCAUAUCUUGCAGUAAAAUACUUUAUCUUUGAGAAGACAGGUUAAAUGUUUUUUUUGUGUGUAAUGUUCUCUCACUUAGAAAACAGUCCGGAUCAUACAGGCCUAGACAAUAUCCAAAACAACUAACAAUACACUGAAUUCAUACAUUUUCAGUCAUUUAUAACCCAAUACCACAACACAACUCAGUAACGUAUUCAAUCAUUUUGCUGUGUAUUUCGGAUGCCAAUAGAAUGUACCAGAGGCCGCCAAAAUAGAGCUUGUUUGGCAAAAAGUUCUUAACCCGGGGGAUCCUGGCUGGCUACUUUUUCUAUUUAGCUGGCUACUCCAUGUGCUUGUGGGGAAAAAACUGAGCCCUACCAUGGACGUACAGUGUCCGUCAGUGCUCAGUGAGUGAGGAUGCUUGUCACAGUAAAUGGAAAGAGGGUAGGUGGUAGGAGACAUUAACUGGAGAGAGAGGCAGAGAGAGAGGGAGUGUGAGGUGUUGUCCACAUUGUUUUGCUUUAACCACCAGCUGACAGAAAGAUGAGCUGAACAUACCAGUGUGCCAGUGGAAGGAAGAACAAUAGCAGGUGACCCAACUGCGGUUUGUGACUACUAUCAUUUCCCAUUGUAGCCAAGUCAAUCGCAGUAAUUCCAUUUCCAAUUUGUUAACAGAAUUGCGAGUUUCAAUCCCCUAAUAAUUCAUAAACAAACUUGAUAUCAGUGAAAAUAAUAACUAAUUGGUAGGUCUACCUUGACACGUUACCUCUGACCUGUUGUUAAUCCUUCCUCCUCAUGAGCGUAAACUGUGUUAGAAGAGUUUCUACUUCCUGAAUCACCUUAUCCGAUAUGAGUGUCCACAACGGGGAGAAAUCAUAGCAGUGUGUCUUCAGAUGUACGCAAGGAAUAUCUGGAAAACACUGUUUAGCUGACAUAGUUAUCAUGGGAAAUGUCUUUGGGUAAGAGGGUAAUUAACCCUUUGUUAACUUGUCAUUUCAAACAGACUUGUGUAAAUACCUGUUUUUAGAGGGGCAGUGUCAAGGCUAGAACGAGGUCUGUUGAAUAUUUAACCUACUGAGGUGAUGUACACUGAUCAAAAAUAUAAACGCAACAUGUAAAAUGUUGGUUCCAUGUUUUAUGCUGAAAUAAAAUAUCCUGGAAAUUGUCCAUAUGCACAAAAAACGUAUUUCUCUAAAAUGUUGUGCACAAAUGUUUACAUCCGUAUUAGUGAGCAUUUCUCCUUUGCCAAGAUAAUCCAUCCACCUGACAGGUGUGGCAUAUCAAGAAGCUGAUGAAACAGCAUCAUCAGCUGGGGACAAUAAAAAGCCACUCUAAAAUGUGCAGUUUUGUCACACAACACAAUGCCACAGAAGUCUCAAGUUUUGAGGGAGCAUACAAUUAGCAUGCUGACUGCAGGAAUGUCCACUAGAGCUGUUGCCAGAUAAUUGUAUGUUCAUUUGUCUACCAUAAGCCAUCUCCAAUGUCGUUUUAGAGAAUUUGGCAGUACAUCCAACCGGCCUCACAACCACAGACCACGUGUAACCACGCCAGCCCAGGACCUCCACAUCCGGCUUCUUCACCUGCGGGAUUGUCUGAGACCAGUUUUCCGGACAGCUGAUGAAACUGUGGGUUUGCACAACCGAAGAAUUGCUGCACAAACUGUCAGAAACAGUCUCAGGGAAGCUCAUCUGUGUGCUUGUCGUCCUCACCAGGGUCUUGACCUGACUGCCGUUUGGCGUCGUAGCCGACUUCAGUGGGCAAAUACUCACCUUCGAUGAACACUGGCACGCUGGAGAACUGUACUCUUCACAGAUGAAUCCCUGUUUCAACUGUACCGAGCAGAUGGCCGACAGCGUUGUGUGGGUGCCCCCAUGGUGGCGGUGGGGUUAUGUUAUGGGCAGGCAUAAGCUACAGACAACAAACACAAUUGCAUUUCAUCUAUGGCAAUUUGAACGCGACAAGAUCCUGAGGCCCAUUGUCAUGCUAAUCACCCGCCACCAUCACUGCAUGUUUCAGUAUAAUUCAAUGACCCCAUGUCGCAAGGAUCUGUACACAUUUCCUGGAAGCUGAAAAUGUCCCAGUUCUUCCAUGGCCUGCAUACUCACCAGACAUGUCGCCCAUUGAGCAUGUUUGGGAUGCUCUGGAUCAACGCGUAUGUCAGCAUGUUCCAGUUUCCCGCCAAUAUCCAGCAACUUUGCACAGCCGUUGAAGAGGAGCGGGAUAACAUUCCACACACCGCAAUGAACAGCCUGAUCAACUCUAUGGGAAGGAGAUUGCGCUGUAUUGUGCUGCAUGACGUGGUCACACCAGAUACUGACUGGUUUUUGGAACAAUUCCCUACUUUGUUUUAAAAGGUAUCUGUGACCAAUAGAUGCAUCUGUAUUCCAAGUCAUGUGCAAGCCAUAGAUUAGGGCCUAAUUUAUUUAUUUCAAUAAAUAAAUAUCCUAAUAUGAAGUGUAACUCAUAUUUUUGUUCAGUGUAUAUGGAAUAAAGUAAUUAUAUUAUUUUGUACUCUAUUCUUGCUAACACUCUGUUCUUUCUAAACAAAUCUACAAAUCUGCUCUCUGCUUGAAAGAUACUGAUCAUAGGAGAUUUGAUGUAAUGUAAUAAGCAGUACCGCAUUUCAAAGGACAGCACGCAUACCUUUUUAAUUUAACCACACGCUUUGCGCUACGCCGUCAUGUCGCCAACCAAUAAGGUCCUUUCUAUUAAGUAAAGCAGAGGCCAAGAGUUUAAUAAGAACAGUGGUAAAAAAAAAAUAAUAAUAAACUAUUGGCAAGAGUUGAGGAACAGGGAGGGAAGAGGAAGACACCUGUAAAAGAUCCAGGAAAAUGUGGGGGAGGUCCGAGAGAGAAGGGAGGAAGAUGGAACUGGGACACACAAGGCUUAACAGCACUUUGAAAUUAGGGAAACAUCCGACUGGGAAGUGUGAUCAAUGCCAGGAGAUGGAGACAGUGUAACACAUUCUAUUACAGUGCCAGGAAUAUGGGAGGGGAAGGGACAGUUUGUUAUUAGUAUCAAGAAAUAAUGGUAUUGAACAGCCAAGUUUAAUUGAAUUGUUAAGAAAACCUUAAGGUGAUAUUGUAUUUAAUUAUGUAUUCCGAUAGGGGGAAUGGUUUAAUUUUGUAGUUCAAUUUUAGAUUUUCUCCAUCUCUGGUCCACAGUCCAGUAGGUGGCGGUAAUGCAUCACUAAAGCUGGUUGUCAAACGCGAUUUACAAACCACUGAAGAAGAAGUGUAAACAGAAGUGACCAAGAACAAUUUCCACUUUAGAGUUUUUGUUGUUAUUUAGACGUUUAUUAACAGCGUGGAAAUCUACAUUUGACUAAUUUAACUGCAUAGCAUCACAUACUUACCCCAGGUAGUUUUUAAUUCGCGUUGGGGACAGGACUUGGUUGAUAGAUCUGUUAUUUAGGUGACUAACGUUAGCUAGCUGCUAACGUUAGCUAACAAUGGCUAACUGUAUGGUUUUUCACACUCAAAUCGCCUCCAUCAUGGAGGUGUUAGCGAAUGCAGCCGUGGCAGAGGUCUGCAAACUCGUAGACGACGACUAUGCAGUGUUUCGUUUGGAAAUAACUCAAAGCCAGAAAGAAAACAGGACAUUGAGGAGGAAACUACAGCUAUUGGAAAUGAAGGUGGCACGGGAGCGCGCAGAGAGGACAACGCGAGAGCGCGUCCUCGCCAGUCGUCCCACUAGUGUCAAGAUCCUCGACCGAUACAGAGGAAUGGCAAGAGGUGAAGGACAUCUCACUGGAGGCCACAGGAGUUUUGUGAAGCCAGCGGGACACAAUGCAUGGAGAGAUGACCAACCAAUCACUGUUGAUGAGGGGAGUGGAACCUCAACCCAGCACGUUAUCGUGAUCGAGUCUGCAGAUGCAGAGGCUGUAGGUCCUGGGGUCAAGCUGGAGAGGUCUGAAGGAGAGGAGGACCCACGGCACAGCAGAGACAUCCAGACUGGAGCGGCUGGAGUGCCCCCUGUAGCCACAGAGGACCCCACCAUCACCACCACUGCGCAGCCCAGAACCCGAUACAGCGUCACGGAGGAUGAGGAGGAUCCAGAGGUGCUGCUGGUGAAGGUCGAGGGGUAUGAGGAGGGUCUGGGGAACCCUGAGAGGACCAUGGUCAUGGAGGACAACCAGACUACACCUCCUGAACCCACAGCGGAACUAGCUGAGCAGCACAGGACCACACACAGUCUAACUGAGUCAGUAGACAUGGAGAAUGGGAAGCCUGAUCUGCUGUUGGUCAAAGAGGAGACGAUAGAGGACGGACCAGAGAGCAUUAACCUGCUGAGUGGCCUAAAGAUGGGGGAGCAAGGUGGUUGGCUGGAGGCUAACAGAGGAGACUGGCCGACCAUCUUGGAUUCCCAGACCCAGACUGGUGCAGCCAAGGGCCCAGGGGACGACAUCACUGAGCAGGCCAGGACCAGAGGCGACAUAGUGGAGUCUGCAGUCCAUGAGGACCUGCUGAUAUCCGGUGUUGGUGGCGAGAGAGAUUGGACCUCUGAAGCGGCUGGUCACAAACCCUGGCCCCAGAUCAGAACUCUGGAUCAGGAGCCGUCGCUCUUCCUUCCCGAGUCAGAACCAGGACCGAACCGUGAGGGGAAGACACUCCACCCCCACCACCACUACACAGGGCACAACCAGUGGACAGGGGGACUGAACAACCUCAGUCCUGGUGGUCAUCAGAGAGACAGAGGCUCCAGUCAGGGAUCCAGUCUGCAGCCCAGACCCUUCUCUUCACAGUCUCAGUGCAGAGAUGAAGCAGGGCCUGAGGCUGAUAGAGAUAGACCCUCCUGUUCCUAUGAUACAAACACCAUGAUGAACAGAGCAGGUCACCCUGGGCUUCAGCCUUCACACAGAGUGGUGGGAGACCCCCCUGGUGUGAGUCUAACAGGAAGUCUGUCUUCUCCUUCAGGAUCCUGUUUAAUGCCUGGUGACUGGGUUCAUAGAAAGCCUGGGUCUAGCCUUCCUCAGUUACCUCAGGUUUACCCCACCAAUACAGACAGGGUCAGGAUGGGCGUUCACCAUGAGAGGUACCUAGACUAUAACACAGCACACAAUCCCAACAACACCCAAACAAUGUCAAGAGGUCAAGGAGGGAGUUCAAAGACUAACCACCUGAGGGUGACUCCUGCUUCUACCUCCUCUGGUGUCAUUGGGUCACAACGUGGGAGGCCGAGCGUUAGGACAGACGCUGACAAGCCGUACGCCUGCCCCACAUGUGGGAGGCGCUUUGCUAAGGUGAAAUAUGUCAAGCAGCACCAGACCGUUCACACCAAUGAGAGGCCCUUCAAGUGCAAACUAUGUUACAAGAGCUUCUCCCGCCUGAGUAACCUUAUCAGACAUAGGAGUGUUCACAACGAGGAGAAAUCGUAGCAGUGUGGCUUGAGACAUACACAGAGAAUAUCUGGUAAUAUUCUUUAGCUGAAAUAUUAAAGUAGGGUAUAUAUUUGACUAUAUACCGGUAUUGAUGCAUGGACUGGUUUGGGUUUUUACUUUGUAUAAUGGUGUUUCAAUGUUUGGUUUGAUAAACGUGUUAAGCCAC